AUGAACGGCAUCACACUGGGGCCUACACCACAGCAGCGUCAAGGAGCUCCUCUUGCCUCUGCUGCUCGUUCAGGGCUAUCGUUGCCCUCCAGCCCGGAGCAGAGCUGGUCUCCUAAAAGGUUACAAAGAACCAUGGGGAAAAAAGAUGCAAGUGCGACCAAGUUACCAGUGGAUCAGUACAGAAAACAGAUAGGUAAACAAGACUACAAAAAGACAAAGUCAUUCCUCAAGGCCACACGGUUAAAAGCUGAAGCCAAGAAAAGUUCAUCUGGAUUCAGGGAUGCGCUGUUGGUGGUGUUGGCGAUCCUGGUUUUGGUCCUCUGUGUUUACGCUUUCUUCUACCUGAACCUCAGCACGGAAAUCAACCUGGAUCUGGACGUGGACUGA